CAGGGCGGGGCUGCAAGCGACCUAAAGGGAGAAGAGGGGCACAGCUGGAGCUGAGAAGGCGCAGAAGGAGCUCGAGACUUGCCAAGUUGGGGACUAGAGGGAGGCAAGGGCCUAGAGAGUAGAGUGAAGGAAAGAAGGAAAGAAGGAAGGGGAGGAGGCGGGAGAGAAGUGAAGAGCAGGAGCUGCGCUGGGCAGGCUGGCCGAACCGUACGCUGGGGAGCGCCCCCAUGGCUCUGGCCGGCUGGAGGGUGGCACUGGCCCGGCUAGUGCUGCUGCCGUUCGCCCUGGCUCCGUUGCGGGCCGGCCCUGGGAGUGCGCACCCUCAGUGCCUGGACUUCAAGCCCCCAUUCCGGCCACCGCGCCCGUUGCCCUUCUGUGAGCAGUACACGGCCUUCGGCUGCUGUGAUGCGGAGCAGGACGCCGCGCUGAGCCGCCGUUACUGGGCCGUGACCAGUCGCCUGGAGCCAGACACCUUCGCAGUCUGCGCCGCCUACGUGCGCGACCUGCUGUGCCAGGAAUGCUCUCCAUAUGCCGCACACCUGUUUGAUGCAGAGGACCCAUCCACACCCCUCCGGACAGUGCCUGGGCUCUGUAAGGACUACUGUAUAGAUGUAUGGCAGAAUUGCAGGACCAUAUUCCGUCAUCUCUCCCCAGACCCAGAGUUAUGGGCCCUGGAAACAAAUCGGGCCAAGUUUUGCCGCUACUUAUCACUUGAUGAUGCUGAUUACUGCUUCCCUCGCCUAUUGGUCAACGAGAAUCUGAAUGUGAACCUGGGUCAGGUGAGGGCUGACACAGAAGGCUGCCUGGAGCUCUGCCUGGUGGAGGUAGCUAAUGGUCUCCGAAACCCUGUGGCCAUGGUGCAUGCCAAUGAUGGCACUCACCGAUUCUUUGUGGCUGAGCAGGUGGGGCUGAUCUGGACUUACCUCCCCAACCGUUCAAGGUUGGAGAAACCAUUUCUGAACAUCAGUGAGGCUGUACUCACCUCUCCCUGGGAAGGGGACGAGAGGGGUUUUCUUGGCAUUGUCUUCCAUCCUCAGUUUAAGCAUACUGGGAAAGUCUAUGUGUAUUACUCUGUGGAGGUCGAUUACGAGGAGAGGAUCCGCAUCAGUGAGUUCAAGAUUUCCCCUGAUGACAUGAAUACUGUGGACCACAGAUCUGAAAGGAUAAUUUUGGAAAUUGAAGAACCAGCAUCUAACCACAAUGGGGGACAACUGCUCUUUGGAGAUGAUGGGUAUCUUUACAUCUUCACUGGGGAUGGAGGAAUGGCAGGAGAUCCAUUUGGGAAGUUUGGAAACUCACAAAACAAGUCAGCCUUACUUGGCAAAGUGUUACGGAUUGAUGUGAAUCACAAUGACCGAGGGCCUCUGUACAGAAUCCCCCCUGAUAAUCCCUUUAUUGAUGACCCAUCUGCCCGGCCAGAAGUCUAUGCCUAUGGCGUGCGGAACAUGUGGCGCUGCUCCUUCGACCGAGGAGACCCCAUCACCAAGCAAGGGCAAGGGAGGCUCUUCUGUGGAGAUGUUGGCCAGAACAAAUUUGAAGAGGUUGACAUCAUAGAGAAGGGGAAAAACUAUGGAUGGAGGGCCAGAGAAGGCUUUGAGUGCUACGACAAAAAACUAUGUGCCAAUUCUUCACUAGAUGAUGUCCUUCCAAUCUAUGCAUAUCCACACAAGAUGGGAAAGUCAGUCACAGGAGGCUAUGUCUACAGGGGCUGCCAGUCCCCCAAUUUGAAUGGAUUGUACAUUUUUGGGGAUUUUAUGAGUGGGCGCUUGAUGUCUCUCAGGGAGAACCAGGCCACCAGACAGUGGCAGUACAGUGAGAUCUGCAUGGGGCGUGGGCAGACAUGCAUGUUUCCAGGCAUGAUCAACAACUAUUAUCAGUACAUCAUUUCCUUUGCUGAAGAUGAGGCAGGGGAACUUUACUUCAUGUCUACUGGAGUGCCAAGUGCUACUUCUCCAAGAGGAGUCAUUUACAAAAUGGUUGAUACCUCCAGGAGAGCUCCUCCUGGCAAGUGUCAGAUCAAGGCUGCACCUGUGAAAGUGAAAAGUCGGAUCAUCAGCUUUGAGCCUAAAGAGAAGUUCAUCUCCAAAACUGUGACUGUGCGCCCUAAACCACGAACGACCACCAAAGCUCCACGACGGAGCAGUUCCACCGUGCGGCCCACACCAUCUUCAACUGCUGACUGGGCUGAGCAGAUUUUACAACUCCUCCGAAACCGCUCAGUGACCCCCACAACACCUAUUUUGACACCAACAAGGAGGCCCUCUGGUCGAAGAGGUGGAAGGAGGAAAGGAAAGCCAACUAUGGCACCUUCACCUCCUCGGAAUGGUGCCGUCCGAUUGCUCAACUAUCAAGCCCCAGGUCGGGACAGAGGCCGAGUGGAGAUCUAUGUGGGCAGACGGUGGGGCACCGUCUGUGAUGAUGUUUGGGACUCCAAGGCUGCACGUGUUGUCUGCCGCCAACUGGGCUUCCCUUAUGUGGUCAAGGCAGUCAAGAGGGCGGAAUUUGGUGAGGGCCGCUCUCUGCCCAUCCUCCUAGAUGAUGUUCGCUGUACAGGCCAGGAAAGAAAUCUUCUGGAGUGUUCGCAUGCUGGGGUUGGCAAACACAACUGUGCCCACAAGGAGGAUGCAGGAGUGAUAUGCAGCCAUGAAGACCCUGACCUAUAG